AUGGACGGUCCCAACGACGCCGUCGUUCCCCUCGAACGUCUCGUUGCCCUCGAGCGCGAUAACGCGCUGAUGCUGUCUUACAUUCUCGACGCCCAUCGAUUAUCUCUCACGCUCCCACCGAACGCGACGAUCGAUGACGUCAAUUACGGCGCCGUGGACGUUCCGGGAAUGAUCGAACGAUUGCGAAGGAACGAGACGUACGACUUAUCGCGCGCUCUCACCGCGUCGGGGGCGGCGAGGGGGGCGGCGGAGACGGAGCAAAGAGCGCGGAAUAAAGAGCUAACGGCGACGGAGAAGGCGAACGAGACGGCGAGCUUGGAGCGCGCGAAAUCGAUGAAUCCGUUCGAAGCGAUGGCUGCGAAUACGAAAUUGGGGAGCGUGGGAGAAGCGGACACUUCUUCGGCAGCGCGAGAGAGCGCCGCAGCAGUUCGCGUGGACGCGACGUUUUUCAACUUGGACGAUGACGCGCCGACGACAGCGUACUCGGGCGAGCUCGCGCUUCCGGAAUUGUAUUCUAAGCUCAAUGACGCCGAACUGAGCGAGCUGGCGUUUGAAAUUGUGGCGACCAUAGAUUUGGACAGCGAGAUGCUGGAGGCGAUUCGCAUCGCGCUCGAUGUCGACGAAGACUGCGCGAACGCGGUUCAAAAGUAUGCGCAGGAACAUAAGUCUUCCGUCGCGGAGGAAGGUAUUUCGGCGCGUAUCCAUUUGAGAUCGAUGUUGGCCGCCGUGAAAGAGUUUACACUUCUCGAAGACGAGGCGUUUUACAAGAAAAGAUGUCGUGCGAUGUGCGAGCUGUUAUGGAGUCGCCAGUGCGACGAGCAAGUGGAGAUCAUGGAUGCGCGUGAUCAAGAUGACAAUGAGCCGAGUCUCACGGCCUCGAACGUUCUGUCAGAGAUUAAUCGAAUGUUGUGUCUUCCAGAAAUCGACGCGCUGUGGGUCGAAUCAGUGGCUGAAAUGAUCGAGUCCGCGCUCGAUUCAAAAUAUAGUUUCAGCUAUUCGGGCAUCUUCGGCAUCAGACUGUACGAGCGUCUCUUGAGGGUGAUGUUUGAUCAAGUGGAAGACUAUGCUCUUGCGUAUGACGCGCAGGAUUCUAUCAAAAGUUUAGAAAGAGUUGCGAGUUCGCUGGGACUGCCAGAUGAAACUUCCAGAGGUGCGAUGCUUGCAUUCGCUGUAGUGAAGCAGGCAAUCGUGGCGCUCGAAGAGGUGGGUUUGGACUAUGGAGACGAUACUUCACCAAUUUUCUCUCUGUUAUCGAAGGCGAGAGAGGGUUUGGAUCGCUCGCAAACGAACGUGUCUCCACAAAUCGCUUCCGCCGUGAACUCGCUCCUGUGUUGGAGCAUGUUCAUGUUGCGUGAUUUUAUGCACACUGUGACACCUCCGGCUGCUCAUGACGAGCAGAACGUACCGCGGAUAGAACCCGACGUGUUCAAUUUAAUCGUUUGUAUCGCAUACGAUUCGGCGAAAAUGUUGGGUAAGGAUGCGGAGGCUCUACUCAGGGAGGCGUGUAAACAGUCGGCACGCGCGGAAUACAAGCGCCUCAGAGCCACCGGCAUGGAAGAAGACAACGUAACAGAUGGAGACGCCACGAGCGCUUCCCUUCGAAUAAUUGCACAGCUCACUGCGAGCGCGGCGGACUCGUAUUCCGCUCAUCUCGAACGCCACAUCACGAGCUCUGUGGGAUCGAAUUCGCCCGUAACGGGAUGUUUUGCCGCUCAACUGGGUGAGGAUUUCAAAAAUGAUUUAUUCUCGUGGUUAGCGUCUGGACCCCGUCUGACUGCGCAGUCACUGGAGACUAUUUGGAGUGUUGGUGACUUGCAAAAUGCGUUAGUCGCCACCGGAGGUGACGCGGUCGAGCCGAUUAGAUUGGAAGAGCAAACGUCAAUACUCGUUUUCACAUGGUUGAAUGAAAAGAUUGACGAUUUGCACAAGAUAGUGGACAGAUGCAUCUCCGUUGAACGUUGGAAAACCAAAAACGAUGCCGCUCCUGUACCUAGUGCGGUGGAUUUUCUACGAGCCGUGAACGAGACUUUGGAUGGAUUUUUUGGCUUGAGAAUUCCGGCACAUGUCAGCGCUCUUCGCGCAUUGACAGAGGGCAUCGAUGCUGCGGUUGGUAAAUACGCCAACGCCGCUGUUCUAUCGCUUGGUCCGGCCGAUGACAUCGUUCCACCGGUGCCAGAGUUGACUAGGUAUAAGAAGGCGAUCGUCGACGAUCUUCAUAAAAAGUUCGUCGCGGCGUCUCCACCGAGAGCGCCGUUCGAAGAAGGAUGCGUUGGCGCAUCGACAGUGCGUUUGACGUCACUCAAAUUUCUUCUCGACAAGCUCGACUCGCUCGAGAAGGGCAUCAUAUCAAAGUGGAAUGAAAUGCAGCGCGUGGCGUCAAUGUUGAGGCACCCGAAUGCGCUACACGAGGUGCCUAAAGCGGCUUGGUUUGAAGAUUUGAUGGACUUGGCACGACAGUCGCUUCGAAGAGCCAUAGAUCAAGUGGCAAAUCAUAUGGCGUUCAGUGUCUUGUAUCGCGACUUAGGGGGGGCCGUGAUGCACAAUUUGUACGCACAUGGCGUGCAGCGUAGUGCACACAACAUUGGCACGGAGAUCCUACCUUACGUGAACGGUGUGUUGGGUUACGUCGCAGUGCGUGUGGACAGCAGCACUAGAAAUAUUGUGGCGUCUCACCUACUCCAAGCCACUGUCUCGGCGUGGAUGCGAGUGCUCCUGAACGGUGGUCCUGGGCGAGUGUACCGUCCCGAGGACGUCGAGUUACUGGAGGAAGAGAUGGAACUCGUGUCUGAAUUUUUCCUCGCCGGAGGUCAAGGUUUGGACUCAGUGGAUGUCGCCGCACGCAUCUCCCCGAUGUCUGCCCUCUGCACUAUCGUGAGCCUACCCACGGAAUAUCUAUGUGGACAGUACCUUGAGUUGGUCGAAAAAGAGAAAGAAGUUCCCCCUCGCGAGAGCGAUCGGGACUUUUACUACGACGUCUACACCGCUGACGUCACGCUCCGAGUCCUCUGUCACCGCGCCGAGCACGCGGCGUCCAAGUGGGUCAAGGCGCACUUCUCCAUAGGAAAAACCGAAGGUGGAUACUCUAUGUUUGGCUUUUAA